AUGAGUCAAACCAAAAAUGGAGAAAACCAAAGCUUUUCGAAUAAAGGUUUUAAUGAUUCAAUCAAAAAUCAUGUAAAUAAUCACCAAGGGUUUAUGCAAAAUAGAAAAAGUGUCAUUUCUAAUAUUAGAAAUGAAAAUAUAAAAAAUGAAGAGUUUGAAAGUGAAGAAGAAAAGAGUUUUAAGGAAUUCCAAAAUAGUUUUCAAGUCGAUAGUUUAAUUGAAAGAAAUUGGAACACCUUCCACAAUUCAAGACAAUUUAAAAAAUCAACGGCUUUAGAGUCUAAAACAAUAGAUAUUAGUCGUGUAAAUAAUAACAAUAAAAUUUUAGAUAUAAACGUUCAAAAUUAA